CCGUAGCUAUGAUGUCAAAUACUACAGACCGGAUCACAUCUAUGCAAACCUUAAUGAAUGCGAUCAGUGCAGGCGCACGAUCAGGUCGGCCAUCGUCACGUGUAAAAAGAGCAAUCAGACGGGACCCCAAUCGACUUUGGCCUAACGCAGUUAUGCCCGUACGAAUUGCUAGCUCGGGUUUUAGCGCCUCUCACAGAAGGAGAAUCCAGCGAGCCAUGAUGAGGAUCUCGGAACAAACCUGUAUAUGCUUCCGGAUUAUAGACAACGAAGUCGCUAACAGGGGUAUACCGCACGUGCAGAUCGUCGAUGGAUCCGGCUGUAGUUCCUAUGUUGGGGUAACGACGAGAUCCCGAGGAAGAAAGAACUCACAGGAUCUUACACUUAGCUCAAAAUGCAGAACAUUUCGCGUGGCCACACACGAGUUCCUACACGCGUUAGGGCUGUUUCACGAACAAUCUAGACCGGACAGAGACUCUUUUGUGAAAAUUAAUUCAAACAACAUACGCAGUGGCAUGGAAAACAAUUUCCAGAAGUUCAGCCGCCGAACCAUCAACUCAAGAGGAAUCCCUUACGACUACAUGAGUAUCAUGCACUACAGUAACAGGGCAUUCAGCAAAGAUGGUACCUAUACAAUUGAACCAAUUCCAGCAAGCAACCUCUCGGAGUAUUUGAACAAAAUCGGGAAGUCGACGGCUAUGAGCGAAGGCGACGUGCAGGCCCUACGACUGAUGUACAACUGCCCAGCAACCCCUUCCACGCAGCCGACAUGCGCAGACUAUCCUUAUAGGUUUCCUUCUUAAACACCGUAGAACAUUACAUGUUUAUUUCAUGUCACAUUUCUGUCAUCUUCGGAAUCCAAGUGUGGUCGGUCGGCGCAGUGGAAGGCGUACUCCUCUUCCACCAAGACGGCCGGUGUUCGAUUCCCCAAUCGAACGUGGAAAGUUAUUUGGUGACCUGCCAGACAACUUGGAUUUCUCUCGGUUCAUCGGUUUCAUCCCACACUAAGGCCCACUCCGCUUCGAUCUGGCCGACAAGAGUGAUAGAUAUAUAAGUAGGAAUAACUUUUUUUAUAAUCUUUGUUAAAUAGAUAAAUUGUCCACUCUCGAUGUACGUAUCUUCUCUAUACCCCUGGAAUACGUCGUGCCAAAAUCGAAGGUUCUGUACGCUCCAACUUGCGGACGAUACAUUUAGGCCUAAACAAGUUUGAUCCAUUGAUGUUCAUCAAAAUAAUCCUGCGGCACAGUAACGGUAAAACUGACUGGCAUUGAAGUCGGGUGUUGCUCCUCUGUAAGAUUCAAAGAACGACAUGUUUUACAAACCUAUUUUUUAUACCUGAAAUCAAUCAGAUACUAGUAGAUAACCUCGUUUUUUAUUUCCCUAUGACACGUCCUACGGGUGAAGAGAAGAUAUUUGUAUAUCGAGAAAGGAACCUUGGAUUUUAAAGAAUCACUCACAUACCGUUCAUGAUCAAUAAAAAGAG